AUGGCGACUGUGGACGAAAAGCAAGCGAUCCGGUCGCAACCUGAUCCAACAUCCCAGGAUCCCGAGCAGGCCCAGACGCCACCUUUGACGGUUGAGCCAUGGGAGCCGCGAGCAUGGUGGAAAAGGGUCCCCUUCUUGAGCACUCGGGUGCGUCCUAUCAUCUCGGCGCUGGAUCCCCAGCAUCCUAACGCAAAGAUGACUCCGGAAGCAACUGCCAACUGGUUCUCGCUCUGCUGCUUUGCCUGGAUCGAUCCGAUCCUCACCGCGGGCUAUACACGCCCUAUGGAGAAAAAUGAUCUCUAUCUUCUUCCGCCGGACCGCUGCUCAGACCGCCUCGGCGCUCAGCUACUGACUGCACUCGACGAAAGGCAGAAGCAGAGACGCGCGGCGAUCAGCGAUGAUUCGAAAAAGGAGGACAAGCCUGCCAAGAUCCCGUCCUUGAUGUGGGCCAUGAAUGACAUCGUCUUUCGCUACUUUUGGAUUGGCGGCUUCCUCAAGCUUCUCGCCGACAUUGGCACCAUCACAAGUCCACUGCUUCUUCGAGCUCUCAUCAACUUCGGUCGAGACUCGUACAAGCUCAGAAACGAUCAAGGCCAAGCCCCUCCCAUUGGACAGGGGGUGGGUCUUGCCAUCGGCUUGUUCCUGGUUCAGGCCUUGUGCGUCUUUCUCAACGUCCACGCCUUCAAUCGCGGCUUUGGAACGGGCAUCAUUCUGCGUGGAGCGCUCAUCCAGGCCAUCUUUCAGCGCGGCAUGAAUCUGUCGACGCGAGCGAGAACCACAGGCGGUCUCGGAGUCAGCAAGCUCGUCACGCUCAUCAGUGCGGACGCUACGCGUAUCGACUAUGCGGGUCAGUUCUUCCACAUGGCCUGGACGAGCGCCGUGCAGAUCGUCAUCUGCAUAGCUCUCCUCCUUUGGAGUCUCAAGUACAGUGCGCUGCCUGGCAUUGCCGUGCUGGUGCUUAUGAGUCCAGUACAGACCGUCAUCACCAAGCGGCUCUUUGUACUGCGCAAGAAGAGCAUGGUGUGGACCGAUAAGCGCAACAAGGCCGUCAACGAGGUUGUCGGAGGCAUCCGCGUCGUCAAGCAGUUCGCGUGGGAACAGCCGUACUCGGAUCGCGUCGCCGAGCUGCGCAAGAAAGAGAUGGCUUUUCAUCGCGUUCGGCUCUACCUGCGAUCGCUCAACCUCGCUCUCGCCUUCGCUACGCCCACCAUCGCCACUGUGCUCAGCUUCGUCACCUAUGCUCUUGUGGGAAACGAGCUGGAUGCUGCAAUCCUGUUUUCCUCGCUCUCGUUCUUCACCCUGCUUCGCACUCCUCUGCAAUUCUUGCCUAUCGCAUGGAACGCCGUCGUUGAUGCCAAGAAUGCGGCUGAUCGUAUCGAAAAGGUAUUUGACGCCGAGAUUCAGCAUGAUCAGAUUGUUCGCGAUCCUGCCGCCGAGGAUGCCAUCAAGCUUCAAGAUGCUAGCUUCACUUGGGAGACGACACCAUUCGCAGCCACGACAGAGACGGUGGCGACGCUCGAUGCACUUGACUUGACAGUCCCGCGUGGGGCGCUCUGCGCCGUCGUCGGCGGUGUCGGUAGCGGCAAGAGCUCCCUUGUUUCUGCGCUAGCCGGCGAGAUGCGACAGACCCAAGGCAAAGUGACACUCGCUUCUUCGACAGCCGUGUGUGCACAGACUGCGUGGAUCCAGAGCACCACGAUUCGCAACAACAUUGUCUUUGGCAACGUCUUUGAUCCAGAACGCUACCGAUACGUUCUCGACAAGUGCUGUCUUCUUCCAGAUCUUGCCACGCUCGCCGAAGGAGAUCAGACUAUCGUAGGCGAGAAGGGCGUGUCGCUAUCUGGAGGCCAGAAGCAGCGUCUCAACAUUGCACGCGCGCUCUACCACAACAGCGAGAUUGUGCUCCUGGACGAUUGCCUUUCCGCGCUAGACGCGCGCGUGGGAGCCGACAUCUUCGCCAACGUCAUCGCUGGCCCUGCAUUGCAGGGAAAAACACGCCUGCUGGUAACGCAUUCACUCAACGUCCUGCGUUCUUGUGACUGGCUCGUGUACAUGGAGAACGGUCGCAUUGCAGAGCAAGGUACCUACGACGAGCUUGUCGGAAGCAAGAGCCGUGUGGCUGAACUUGUUUUGAAGCACACGAAAGAUCAGAACGACCAAUCCAAAGACGAAGUCGGCGAGUCAUCCGAGGGCGAUCCGGACGCAAGGGCAGGAUCGAUCCUCGGAUCGCACCCGGAAGACAAUCUAGCACGGCUUCGCAAGGACGGCGGUGCAUCUUCAAUCAGCUCCACAGUCACUAUGGAGGACGAUCGCAAGCCGGACCUGUCCUCUGAUCGGUCCGACAAAGAGGUGGAGAAGAAAACGGAAAACGAGGUCAAAAGCAAAGCGUUGAUGCAGGAUGAAGAGCGAUCGAGUGGAUCCGUCUCGAGGGCCACCUAUCUGUCGUACCUCAAUGCUGCGCCUCUUUCCGUCCUUUUGCCCCUCUUUGUGCUGGCAGUGCUGGUGUUUCAAGGCUCCACGAUCAUGUCCCCCGUGUGGCUAAUGUGGUGGCAAAGGGGUACGUUUGGCCUGCAGCAAGGCGUCUGUAUGGGAGUGUACGCCAUCUUCGGCAUCACUCAGUCACUCGGACUGCUCAGCAUGGGCAUCAUCUUCUCGACCUUCACCAUCAAGUCGGCGACCACGCUGCACCAUCGAGCCCUCCAACGCGUGCUGCACGCUCCAUUUUCGUUCUUCGACACGACACCACAGGGACGCAUCACGCAUCGCUUCAGCAAGGACAUGGAUACGCUCGACAACAUCAUUGGCGAAGCGAUGCGCACGCUCAUCGGCACGGUUGUACAGGUGGUUGGAUCGAUCGUCUUGAUCGCCAUCCUGACGCCUUAUUUCUUGAUCCCGGUUGCUGUGAUUUUGGUGCUGUACUUCUGGAUCGCGGCCUACUAUCGCUCGACGGCUCGGGAGCUGCGCCGCAUCGAUGCGGGUCUGCGUUCGAGCAUGCACGAGCAUUUCAGCGAGUCGCUGCAUGGACUGGUCACGAUUCGAGCCUUUGGUCAGGUCGACGCCUUUGUUGCCGAAAAUUGUCGCCGUAUCGACAACCAGAAUCGCGCGUACUGGCUGGCGCAGACGUGCCAGCGUUGGCUUUCGACGCGACUGGACUUUCUAGGUUCGCUGCUCAUCCUGUCAGUCGCGAUCCUGGUGGUGGCGAGUCGGUUCGACAUCAGCCCCGGAGAGUCGGGUGUGGCUCUUUCUUACAUCCUCACUGCACAGAGCAUCUUCGGGUGGAUGAUCCGACACGCUGCGGAGCUGGAGAACAACAUGAGCGCCGUCGAGCGUGUCCUGCACUACGCCAACCACAUCGAGCAGGAGAAACCGUAUCACGUUCCUCAGGUCGACCAGGCGCUGGCUGCUCGAGAAUGGCCGGAACGGGGAGAGAUUCGAUUCGACCAGGUCGAAGCUCGGUACACCAUGUCUGGACACAACGUCCUCGAUAGGCUGGAUCUGCAUAUAAAGGCUGGAGAGAAGAUCGCCUUUUGCGGACGCACAGGGGCUGGCAAGAGCACCUUGGUCACCACUCUGCUACGCACGCUGGAGCUGAGCGGUGGCAGCAUCACUGUGGACGGCAUUGACAUCGCCACAAUGGGUCUCCAUCGUCUGCGAAGUUCCAUCUCGCUCAUUCCCCAAGAUGCCGUGAUCUACAGCGGCACGCUGCGAUACAACCUCGACCCGCUUGGCGAAUGCGACGACGCUACGCUGCACGAUGCCCUGCAACGCACCAGCUUGACCGAUCUGGCGCUGGACAUGACCAUCACCGAGGAAGGUGGCAAUCUGUCUGCGGGCCAACGCUCGCUCAUCUCCCUCGCCCGAGCCAUGGUGCGAAAGACUCGCAUUGUGAUCCUAGACGAAGCGACGGCCAAUAUCGAUCAGCAGACCGACAUGCAGAUUCAGGAGGUACUCAAGACCGAGUUCGACUCGAUCACCACGCUCACGGUGGCUCAUCGGAUCCGGACUAUCUUGCACUCGGAUCGUGUCUGCGUGCUGGACAAGGGCCACAUUGUCGAGAUUGGCCCGCCUGCCGAGCUUUGGAGACGUGAAAAGGGGCCAUUCAGAGCUCUCUGCGACAGCGCAAACGUUCACUUCAAAGAUGGGCAGUGGCAUUGA